AUGCCAGACGAACACGCUCAUAAAGCAAUUUACGAUGAAGGAAUGGUGGUUAGGCGAAGGGUGAUGGGAGACGAAUAUGUGGAUAAUCAACUGAAAAAGGGCGUCUCCGAAUUCAUGAAACCCAUGCAAGAGUUGACUACAGAAGUGGACUUUCUUGUAAACCACUGUGAGCAAAGAAGUCUUAUAAACAUUGCAUUACUCGCGUACCAAGCCAAGGACGUCGAGUUGGCAGCACAUAUCAGGGGUGCAGUCGUCAAUGGUGCUUCGGAGAUCGAAAUCCGCGAGACUUUGCUGCACACAGCUGUUUAUUGUGGCAUUCCCACGGGUAUGCAGAGCUUUCGAGUUGCGGAAGAGGCGUUGAAGAAGCUGAAAGCAGAAGGUCUAAUGAAAUAG